GGGGGGGGGCACUCAAGCCAUCUCCAUCUCCAUUCCUCCCCAGCCCACUUCUUUUCCCCUCGCCCUUGCACCUUAAUUUUUUUUUCCUAUCUGGUUCUUGGAGUCCUGGAAUUUGCCGGUUUAGUUUGGGAUGAUUGCCGCCCGAUAAUCCGCGCCUCUGUUGGUCUCACCUUGAAAGCUCCCGAUCCCCUCGAAAACCGGCCCCCGCGUCCACUAGCCUGCGCGCUUUCAGACCCUUCUGAUUCUGCGCGCAAACUCCGUCACUACUCCAUCGGCCACCCCCACGUGUCUUUACAUGGCGUGAGAACUCUCAACCGUACGCGCCCAGCCUACCUUCAAUUUCCCGCCAAUCUGUAA